UCUGCCUCCAUCCAGCUCUUCCCUCCUGAACUGUUGUACUACAUCAUCUCCUUCCUGCCAGUGAGGGACCUGGUGGCUCUGGGCCAGACCUGCCGGUACUUCUACGAGGUUUGCGACAGCGAGGGGCUCUGGCAGCGCAUCUGCCGCCGACUCUCCCCUCGCUUGCGGGAUGAAGACACCAAGGGCUUGUACUUCCAGAUGUUCAGCGGCCGGCGGCACGUUGUCAGCAAGACGGUGGCGCCGCUCCUCUCGCACGGCUACCGGAAGUUCUUGCCCACCAAGGACCACGUCUUCAUCCUGGACUACAACGGCACCCUCUUCUUCCUCAAAAACGCCCUGGUCUCCUCCACCAUGGGCCACAUCCAGUGGCGCCGGGCCUGCCGCUACAUGGUGCUGUGCCGCAGCGCUAAGGAC